AGUCAAUGGAGGCUGCGUGAAAAGCACAUACACCCUACACAAACCCAUAUUUGUCUUUGUGCAGCUAGUUUUGUGUUGUAUCUUAGUAGUUUACAAGUUGGGGAGGGACCAGACUCCGCCAUUAAUGCCCUUUUUCUCCCAACCGCCAUCUUCCGCUUUUUAGUGCACUUAUCUUCAAUCCUCACAUUAUUCAUCUUUCUCUUUCUCUCUCUUCUUCACGUUUCUCGUGUUUACUCUAGUCUUAGAGUUGAUUUACAAGCAGUAGAGCCACAAACGUGAGUGUUUCCUUCUCUUCUCUUUAUAUGUAUGUUAUGUGUGUGUGUGUGUGUGUCUGUCUACGUAAACACGUUUGUGCUGUAUAUACUGUUUGUCAAUUGUCUAUACAUAAUUAUGUCUUGAUUAAUGCUGGAAAGGAGUUGGUCGAGUCAGAUUGAGACCAAUCUCUCCAAAAGACAUGGGGAUUUGUUUUAGUGCGAGAAUCAAAGCUGAAAGCACAGCUCAUACUGGUGUGAAUUCACAAUACGUGAGCUCGGUUGAUAGCAGCAAGGUUUUGUCGACUUCAAUCCCUCCCACUCCCCGAACAGAAGGCGAGAUCUUGAUGUCAUCAAAUUUGAAGAGCUUUACCUUCUCCAAUCUGAAAAUGGCGACUCGUAACUUUCGACCCGAUAGCUUAAUCGGUGGUGGCGGGUUUGGGUCCGUCUUCAAAGGCUGGAUUGACGAGAACUCGUUUGCUGCCGCUAAACCCGGGACAGGCAUGAUUAUUGCCGUCAAGAAGCUUAACCAAGAAAGCUUUCAAGGGCAUCGAGAGUGGCUGGCAGAAGUGAACUAUCUGGGGCAGUUCUCCCAUCCUAAUCUGGUGAAACUCAUUGGCUACUGUUUGGAGGACGAUUAUAGGCUUUUGGUGUACGAGUUUAUGCCUCGGGGAAGCUUGGAGAAUCAUCUCUUUAGAAGGGGUUCGUAUUUCCAGCCUCUUUCUUGGAGCCUCCGCCUCAAAGUUGCUCUUGGGGCUGCAAAGGGGCUUGCGUUUCUUCAUAGCGAUGAGGCUAAAGUCAUAUACAGAGACUUCAAAACAUCCAACAUACUACUUGACUCUAACUACGAUGCGAAACUCUCGGAUUUUGGAUUGGCCAAGGAUGGGCCGACUGGUGGCAAAAGCCAUGUCUCGACAAGGGUCAUGGGAACCUACGGAUAUGCAGCUCCAGAAUAUAUAGCUACCGGUCAUUUGAGUGCAAAGAGCGAUGUAUAUAGCUAUGGAGUGGUGCUGCUCGAGCUACUUUCAGGCAGAAGGGCAAUCGACAAGAACAGACCAAAUGGGGAACAAAAGCUCGUUGAGUGGUCAAGGCCGUAUUUGGGCGACAAACGCAAGGUUUUACGGAUAAUGGACAACCGAUUGGAAGGGCAGUACACAAUUGAUAUGGUCCAGCAAGUGGCUGCCAUUGCUUUGCGCUGUGUUUCAAUGGAGCCCAGGCUAAGGCCCAAGAUGGCAGAUAUUGUUAAUGGGCUCGAGCAGCUUCAGAAUUUCGAAAAUACGGGCAGUAACAAUGGUGGGCCCAGGAGGCGCAGGCAUAGUGCUGGUGACGCCAGCUGUCGGCUUGUGAAUGCGCCUCACUCGAGACCUUCUGCUUUGACUUCCGAUGCUUAGUUUAGAAAAUAUAAGCUGGGUUACUCUUAUAUAUAUAGUUGUAUGGACUAUAUACUGGUUUUGUAUAGUAGCUUCUUCAGUUGACUCACUUCUUGGCCUUAUAUUCUGUCUAGGUUUGUGUUUUCUCACGUGAAAUUGUGAAAAUCAGCUCAGAUAAACUAGUCUGAUGCCAUCAUGUUACGAUGGUGAAAAAAUAAAAAAUAAAAAAUCAUCUGGUGUGUAUAUUGUUAAUGAGCAUUGUUGUUUGAAUUAUAUUGCCAAGA